AGUUGGUGCUGGAUUUUGGCUGGAUUCUGGAAUUUUGGGAAGAAAUUACCGGGAACCAGCGCGGGGAACCAUGUUGCCCGGCAUCGGAAUGUUCGGGACAGGUGAGGUAACGCACGUGCUGGUACCGAUCCUGCGCGACAAAGGUUUCAACAUCGUGGCCAUCUGGGGUCGCACGCUAAAGGAAGCCGAACAGGCAGCCCAGGAGUUGGCCAUCCCAUUCCACACGGCCAAGAUCGACGAUGUGCUGCUGCGGAAGGAUGUGGAUCUCGUGUUCAUCACCUGCCCACCGUAUCUGCACGCGCAGAUCUCGGUGAAAGCGCUCGGCAUCGGCAAACACGUGGUGUGCGAUAAACCGAUGAGUCUGCUGCAGACCGAUGCGCUGAAGAUGGUGCGCGCCUGCCAGUACUACCCGACGCUCAUCUCGAUCGUGAACCACUCGCUCCGCUUUCUACCGGCGAUCGCACACAUGAAGAAGGCGAUCCACGAUGGCUACCUCGGUCCGGCCACCGAUCUUUCGCUGAUCGACGUGAAGGUGCGCAUGGGGUCGCUGUUCCGGGCGCGCUACGAUUGGCUGUGCGACGAGACGAUGGGUGGUGGUGCGCUGAAUCUCGUCGGUAGUCACGUGAUCGAUCUGGUGAAGUUUCUCACCGAACGGAAGGCAGUCCGGGUGCACGGUACCGUGCGGACGUACGUCCAGCACGUCAACGGUAUCGCCGGUAUCCGGCGGAUAACGGCACCCGACUUUUGCACCUUCCAGAUGGAGCUGGAAGGUAACGGAACGACACCGGGCACCCUCGUGACGGUCAACGUGAACUGUCACCUCUCGAAUAACGCCUUCCAGCAGGAGGUGGUCGUGUACGGUCCGAGCGGUCACCUGACCGUGCGCGGUGGCGAUCUCGUCGGACACCGGCGGAACGGUGAAACGGGCACGAUCAAGGAGGAGAUGCUGUACGUGGACGUGCAGGAUCUACAGUUCUCACCCAACCAGGACACGGCAUUGCCCCGACCGUACGUAAAGGGUCUCUGCAAGCUGGUCGGUGCACUGCGCGAUGCAUUCCACCCGAACAAGGAGAGUGCCGGAUGGAUCAAGGAACCGGUACAGGCGGCGGCCACCUUCGAGGAUGGCCUAUACGUCCAGGCGGUGCUCGAUGCGGUGCGCAAAUCGAGCGACGAACGCUGCUGGACCAAAGUCGCGAUCUGCACCGAUACCUCACCGACGAAUCAGAAGAGCGCGCUGGCCAGUGCGGCCGCACGUAUCGCCUCCGUUUCGGCCAUUCGUGCCGAUCCCAGUAUUAACCAUGCCACCGGAUAUUUCUGAGACCUCCGGUGGGGGGCUUCCGGUGUGCUCUUUUGAUAACUGAAACCACGUUUACUCUAUUUAUUGUCUUUAGUAGUAGCGGCGCUAGCGAAACGCUAAUCUAAACGGACGUCCUUGAACACGUGUAGGAUAGCUAACUGUGAAGUGACUCCCGACCCUGAUUACCGCUAACCAAACGCUAACUUACGUGAUUGCCUGCCCACACAUGGACAAACAAUGGCCGGGGCUAGGGACCCUACCCGCCUCUUUUUUCUAUUGAUGCUUUUUUGGCGCCACACAAUCGAGUACAAUCUUUAGCAAACGUUAGGCUUUAACGCGAGAGAGAAUCAUUUAUUUAUUUCCCUUCGUCAUCAUAAACAGCCCGUCCAUUAGUCCAUCCGUCUCCCAUCGAUCAUUCGUUUCCGCCCGCUCGCGCCCAUUGUUUCGUUCAUUUGCCGGUAUCGAUAAUCCUUAUUCUUCCCUCAGAUACGGUGGUGGAGGGGAUUCGCGAUACAAAAUUUGGUUUAUUGAUUUACAUCGAGAUGAAUAAAAACGUUCUAUUUAUACUAACAUA